AUGGCGCCUGUAUCGAUCAAAUGCAAGCAUCAAGGCACCACGUACGAUCUCGAUGUCGACACCGACUCGACUGGAGAGGAGCUCAAGAUGCAACUCUACUCCCUCACGAACGUCGAACCUGAAAAUCAGAAGGUGCUUGCGAAGAAGAUCGUCAAAGAUGACACCCCACUCUCCACGUUGGGACUGAAGUCGGGCACGACCAUCACGCUCGUGGGCACACCGUCAGCGAACGUUGUGUCUGAAGUGCCGAAAGAGAAGAUGAAGUUUGCAGAGGACAUGACAGAGGCAGAACUGGCGCAGCAAGUCGGUGCAACACCUGCGGGUCUUCAGAACAUGGGCAACACGUGCUACGCAAACGCUACACUCCAGACUCUGCGAGCCGUUCCUGAGCUGGUGGAAGAGCUGAAAUCGUAUAGACCUGGUGCAAGUGCGCCAGCCGCAGGCUCAUCGUCAUCGCUCUUCACGCCUGAGCAGCUCGCACAGCAUGGUAUUGGAGGUCUUGGUGGAGGCGACGACCUCACGUCUGCUCUGAGGGAUCUGUACAGGCAGAUGGGAGAGACUCAGACAGGUUUCCCACCUCUCAUGUUCUUGACGACACUACGGCAGAAAUUUCCUCAAUUCGCUGAGCGCGCAAAGAGCGGACAUGGUUAUGCACAGCAAGACGCUGAGGAGGUCUGGACAAACCUCAUUCAUACUUUGAGCGAGUCGCUCAAGCUCAAAGAGGGCGAUGACGCUGCUGCAGGCUUCAAGAGCUGGAUAGACAAGUACAUGGGCGGCAAGUUUGAGCUGAAGACGACUUGUGACGACGCACCCGAGGAAGAGCCUGUCAUUAACAGUGAAAGCUUCAACGACCUCAAGUGCAACAUCCAGGCCGAAACCAACCAUCUCCGAGAGGGCAUCAGCAUUGCCCUGAACGAGAAGAUUGAGAAGAACUCCCCAACCCUUGGCCGGACCGCCAUGUACACCCGCGUCUCUCGAAUCUCACGACUGCCAAAGUACCUUCCAAUCCACCUUGUCCGCUUCUUCUGGCGUAAAGACACUGGAAAGAAGGCCAAGAUUCUGCGAAAAGUCACCUUCCAGCACGAGAUCGAUGUGACUGAGUUCUGCACCGACGAACUGCGGAAGAAGCUUAUCCCCGUCCGCGACAAGGUGCGUGAGGUGCGCAAGGAGGAAGAAGAUGUUGAGCGUGCCAAGAAGCGCCAGAAGCGGAUGCAAAAAGAAGCAGAGGAAGCCUCCAAGGACGAGGGCAGCGUUCGAGCCGAUGAGCCUCUCCAAAAGAAGAAGGAGAAAGAAGCCGAGAAGACAGCAGGUGCCAGCAAGGACGUUGAGAUGGGAGGUACGGAGGAGAAGUUCAAGACUGACGAAGAGAUCGAAGCUGAGCGUGCUGCUGCCAUUGCCGCCUCGAAGAAAGAAUUGCUUUCCUUGGUUCACCCUGACCUUGCUAAAGACGAUGGCGCCAACCAGACCGGUCUGUAUGAGCUUCGUGGUGUUGUUACCCACCAGGGCUCGUCUGCAGACUCCGGUCAUUACACAGCUUAUGUGAAGAAGGCGGCUGCGCCUGGCAAGACGGAGGAUGGCAAAUGGUGGUGGUUCAACGAUGACAAGGUUCAGGAGGUGGAGAGUGAAAAGAUCGAGACGUUAGCUGGCGGAGGAGAGACCCACAGCGCACUCAUCCUGCUCUACCGGGCUGUUGAACUACCAAACCUGGAGGAGACCAAGUAG